CGUGUUGCCACGGUAACGGCGUUCAACCUAGGCUUCAGGUAAAGCGCGCGCAAGAAACUUCCCCCGGCACGAGAGAAUGAUCCAGAAAGGUCUCCAGACGGUGAUAGUGAAACCAGCGAUUUCGAGAGAUACGUCAUUGCGCAGGAGAACGAGGAAACAUUUUGCCCUGUCAUAUUUAGCUACGGAUUGAACUCGAUUAUCCAACAGCACAUUGUGACGAAUACUGCCUUUUUGGAGCGGAAAGAACUAGAUAGCAAGAUAUGCAGCCAGCAACAGCAAAGUGGUUUGACAGAAGGGACUCAGUGUUCAUUGAGUUCCUGGUAGAAGACAGCAAAGAUCUUAAAGUAAAGUUUGAAAAAUCAAAACUUGAUUUUCGUUGUGUUGGAGGGAUUGAAAACCUCAAACACCAAAAUGAAUUGGACCUUUUCGACUCAAUUGACCCCAAUGAGUCCAAGCACAAACGUACAGACAGGUCUGUGUUGUGUUGUCUAAAGAAAGCAAAGGCGGGUAUUGCAUGGCCACGGUUAACGAAGGACAAGGCAAAGUUUCAAUGGCUGGGUGUCGACUUCAACAACUGGAAAGACUGGGAAGAUGAUUCUGAUGAGGAUCUGUCCAGUUUCGACAAAUUCUCAGAGAUGAUGAACACGAUGGGAGGAGAAGACGGUAUGCCAGAUCUGGGCAUGGGUGGUAUAGAAGGUCUAAAAGAGCACGACAGUGAUGAUGAAAAGAUGCCAGACUUGGAGUAAUGGGAGCAUUAAAGGAAGUUUUGUAACCGAUGACAAUAAGGAAGUAAAGUCUCCAAAGGUCGGUUGAAGAGAGAAGUUAGAGAUGAGUUAUUGGUAGCCGUAUUUGAAAGGAGGAAACGUCACCAGUUUUCCAAACAUCACAGGAAACUUGCUGACGAAAGACUGUCUGUCGUAACAUGACACCAGAGCAUUCUUUAGCCACUGUCCUAGUGUGGUGCUGUUCUAAUUCUGCAUGGAAAAUGUGGUUGUUUCCAUGAUGUGUUGUUGUGGGGUUUAGUUAUAUCAUCCUUUAACUUAACCAGGGGCCACGUUGUGGAACAUUCAGAUUGAAAUACGUAAUGUAGAUCACACACGCCUCUGACAUGUAGAGUUAAGGAAUCAUGUCGGUUCUAUUCAUGCUAUUUCUAUCUGCAACGUUUGACAAUGUUUGCCUGCUGAAUGUGGCCCUGCUCUCAUGGGAUAAUAUCUUAGUUACACCCCACCUCUCCCUUUUUUAUUUAAUAAUGUCUGUGAGGUUACGUAUUGAAUUUAGACAUAUUUGUGAAUUGUAAAUUAGGGGGAAAAAGCAGGUUUCUAAACAACCGUCUAUUUUCAAUAAAAUAGUUUCUUUUUUAAAUUAAAAA